AUGAUUAAAAGGGUCAUCGCAAACUUCGAGUCAAUUUCAUCAAUGCUUCCGUCAAACCAAGAUACUACUCCAAACAUGACAAGCACAGAAAUCAGCGACUCAACAGAUGCUGCAGUUUUGUCGAAAUAUAAGAAAAAAUUCAUGAAAUGCCUAAACAACUCUCUCAUGCAAUUGACUAUUUCAGUCCUAAUUAUAAUUUACGCAUCACUUGCUACAGCCUUAAUUACCUUUGAUGCAGAUUUAGAUGAUGCAAAAAUCUCAUUACUAGCAAUCGAACUUGGUCUGCUUGCUUUUUUCGUAGGUGAAACUUUAUGCUUCGCAAUAAUUUCUCAAGGAAAAAAUCUGUCAAAUUGACUUGAUUUGAUUCUGCUCAUAAUCUCGAUUUUGAUCGUUUGUUUUCAAAUAAAUGAUCCAGAGCUGAAAUUCGGUGAUUCGUGAAGGCUAAAAUCUCUACUGUUCAUCCUGAGGAUUAUUUUAAUUAACCGUCGGCUAUUUGAAUUGAAUACAAUUUUUAUCCAAUUCAAAACCAGAAGAAUGACCACACGCAAAAUUUCAACAACUCAUACAGAAAAAGUUAUUGAUAUUUUAGAAACCAUAACAAAUUCAUUUCUGUGCACCAAGAAUUAUCCAUUAAAAGAAACCUUGCAGUUAUGUUUAGAGUCAAUAGCAAGGGCCAAAGCAGAAGACUUUGGGCUUGACGCAACUACAGAAGCUGAUAAAUUAAGAUCCACAGAGUGGCCCAAAAAAUCCAGAAAAAAUUCAAAGGUUAAACCAAUGAGGCCUUCUAUUGAAACUCAAGACAAUGGAGGCUCAGUAUUUAACUAUGGGGAAGACUCUUUAUCUUUUAUUAUUCCUACCACUAUUUCUAAAUACUGUGCCAAAGUGAAUGAGCUUGAUUUUGAUGUUUUUAACUUGAAGCGUGCUACAGAUGGAAAAGAGCUUACCUCAGUCAUCGUUUUCUUAUUUUCUGAAAAUGAAUUGUUCGGCUAUACAAAUAUAUCACCCCAGAGCUUGGUGAUGUUUAUCGAUGCAAUCCAAGAAGGAUAUCAUUAUGAUAACUCUUAUCACAACGCUACUCAUGCUGCAGAUGUUACUCAAUUUUUUAAUUUUUUAUUAACGACUUGUGGGGGGAAAACAACUUGCAAUUUAACCUAUAUGGAAAUUGCAGCUUGCUACAUAAGUGCAGCAAUUCACGAUUUUGAGCAUCCAGGUGUAAAUAAUGUUUUUCUAAUCAAUACUCAAGAUCCACUUGCAAUUUUAUAUAACGAUAAAAGUGUUCUUGAAAACCAUCAUAUAGCAUCUGCUUUUAAAUGUGCACAAGAGCCAGACAAAAAUAUUUUUUCCAGCCUAACCAAUGAAGAAAGAAAAUCAUUAAGAUCCAAAAUAAUAUCAAUGGUAUUGGCAACAGACAUGUCAAGACAUUUUAGUGAUAUUGCGAAGUAUAAAACAAGAUUCUCGAUAGAUACUCCUAUAAAAGAUGAUAUAGACAGACUUUUGACUAUGGAAAUGAUGAUGCAUAGCUCAGAUUUAGGGAACCCAUGCAGGCCUUGGGAGCUGUGCAAACAAUGGACACAGCUAAUAGUUCAAGAGUUUUUCAUUCAAGGAGACAAAGAAAGAGAACUUAAUCUACCUAUAAGUAAUUUGUGUGAUCGGUAUACGGUGAACAUACCGAAGUCGCAAAUUGAUUUUAUUAGCUUUAUUAUUGAGCCGACUUUUAAUACUCUUGCCUUGCUUUUGAAAAAGGUUACAGAAAAUGCUAUAGAAAAUCUAAAGAAUAAUAAAGCAAAUUGGGCCAACGAGCUUUAA